GUUCCCAACCUGUUUCCAUGGCAGCAAACAGGCCAAUAUGGGGGAGGCACUAUUUUUUCCCCUUUGACUUGGGUUGUGUCACGUUCAGUGAAUGGAUUGUCUGUCCCAUAUUGAAUUGUAUUGCAGCAUUUCUUUGGGGGUUUUUGUGUGAUAAGAUACAGUGUCAGUUAUUUCACAUUAGAAUGCAAACUAAACAUGACACGGUGUUUCAAUCGUUCGUCAUUGCGUUUGAGAAAUUUAUAAAGCAGCACGAGCCAUUGAUCGCUUUCCUUGUUUGUUUGUAUGGCUUCCGCAUUCAAACGAUUUUUAAAGCAAUCGACCGAAUACGGAAAGAUCGCUUUCCGCAAUCAGCUCUCCCAUGCUAAGCAACCGUCUUCACCACCAAAGAAGAUUGCGUACCUCAUUCCUCCGAUGCCUUUACUGGCAUCGACGAUCUAUCGGCAUUACACAAAGGGUCCACCUGCUGCAUCCUGGUCACUGACAUUCCACGUCUUGAUUGCUUUGAUGCGUGAUAUUAUGAAGCGAUCGUCUAAAGGCACCGUUGAGAAUCUUCAGCGAUUGACGAGAAACUACGUCACGCCACUUCCAUUCAGUAUCAGCCGUUCCGAAACUACCCUACCCAACGACUACAGAGAGCGCGCAGGAGAUAUAUUAAAGAAUCUUCUUACAGAAGACGAUAACAGACGUAUCGGAUGGGAUUGGUCUACAGACCGCACUCGAGUAUCUGAGCUUCAAGGAGAAUGGCUUACAUUUUCACAGUCAUUCUUUGACACAGACACUUCCUUUGACGCUUCCAGACAGCCCACCAUUCUCUACCUGCAUGGCGGCGCCUAUUAUAUCGGUUGUUACAGCCUUGCUCGUCAGUGGCUCUCUAGAUUGAUAAAAUUGUCGAACGCUCGCUGCUUCUCUGUCAACUAUCGCCUUGCGCCGCAACAUCCGUUUCCAGCUGCCUUGGAAGAUGCUUUGGCAGCUUACCUUUAUCUGGUGGAUCCGCCUGCGAGUGCAAAACAUGCACCGGUUGAUCCCAAGAACAUUAUCAUUACAGGGGAAUCGGCCGGUGGCGGGCUUACUGUUUCCCUGUUACUUGCUAUCCGUGACAGCGGGUUAAUCCCUCCACGCGCUGCCAUGCCUUUAUCACCUUGGGUGGACUUGACCCAUUCGCUGCCGUCCAUCACAAGUAACAUAGCGACCGACUACCUGCCACCGGUGGGAUUCAAACACAUUGACUCGCCUGCGCUGAAUUACUCUUUGCUGCCACCUCUAAAGGACGAGCAUGCCAAGGAUAAAUCGAAGCCAGAACAGGCUUGCAACAAAGAGACCGAACACGAUCCCACCAAAGACCGAAGCGAUGGGCUUGAGCGGGUACAAUUUUAUGCGGGUAAUGAUGCCUUGAAGCUGCCACUUGUGAGUCCAAUCUUCGACAAGAAGAAUCUCCACGGUCUUCCGCCUAUGCUAAUCCAAGUAGGAAAAGCCGAACGGCUUCGUGAUGAAUCCAUUUGUGCUGCUCUGAAAGCUACAAAUAUGUACCCCGGUGCGCCUUCUUCAUCCGAUAUUCCGACAAAGAUUGACCUCGAACUCUACGUUGAUCAACCUCACGUAUUCCAAAUCCUUUUGCCUACCAAGAUCGCAGUCAAAGCGAUUGAACACCUGGCUGCAUAUGUGCGAGAUGUAUUUCAAAAAUCACCCACCGAGCUUCAGCAGUCACCGAGGCUCACUAUCCAUGAAAUUGCAGCUACAGGGAAAAGUCGUGAUACAACCGAGAAGCUCAUGCGAAAAAUGACCAGCGAUACAUGGAAGGAUUGGAUUGGGCGUUUGGAUCAUCCCAACUUGAAGGACAGAAUGCGUCGAGUUGAAACUGCUUAUGAGCGUAUAUUGGAACAGCUUAAGAAAGAAAACGAACCGUAACAUAGCAUGUUAUGACCUGUAUAAAAUGAACCAUUGUAAAAUUGAUAUCUUUAACUCCUCUAAUACAUAACCACCUAUUCUUUUGCUAAAUUAUUAUGUCAAAGAGUCACGGACUUCACAAAUUAUCUAGUGCAUUACAGUGUUG